AUGUGGUGUGGAAUGCGCUGGGCAGUCCCACAACUGCCAGAGAAGUCCACCCCAUGGGAUGACGCCAAGGCCUUCCUGGCCUCCUUUGAGCAAGUGGCGGAAGCCUGUCAGUGGCCCCAGGAAGAGUGGGUGACCCGACUCCGGCCAGCCCUCAGUGGAGAAGUUGAACUGGCCUUUUUCAGCCUGGAGGCCCGAGACAGAGAGAACUAUGGAAAGGUGAAGGCAGCUGUCUUGCAAGGGGAUGCCAUCUUCAGAGAAGCUGCGUCGAUAGCUAGGUGUUUCUGCUACCGGGAGGCUGAGGGGCCACGGGGGACGUACAGCCAGCUCCAGGAGCUUUGCUGUCGGUGGCUGAAGGUUGAGCAGCCCUCCAAGGAGCAGAUCCUGGAACUCUUGAUCCUGGAGCGGUUCCUGACUGUCCUCCCACCAGAGAUCCAGAGGUGGGUCAGGGAAUGUGGCCCGGACACAUGCUCCCAGGCAGUGGCCCUAGCCGAGGAGUUCCUGGUGAGACGGCUGCAGCCAGUGAGACAGGAAAAGCAGAAUGCUCCUCUUGGGUCCCAGUUCCUUGGGGACAAACUAGGUGCCCUUGGAGGAAACCCUCCUGGUGUAGAGGCAGGCCAGGAUCUAUCUGAGAACGAGCGGAGGCAGCCAUCGAUGAUUGUCAAGGAAGAAGAGGAUGGAGAGGCCUGCCCACUGGAAGCCAGAGGUUGGAUGACCACUGAGGAUGGAGAGGAAUAUGCGCCAAAAGAUUACAGAUCAGUAGAAUCAGGUGGAAUGUCAAUGUGGAAAGUAGAAAAGAAUGUUUCCCAGUGUCGUGAGCAGGAAAAUGUUCCUGCUUUUUGUGGGGACAUUUACAAUAUCGUCUUUGAAACCACAGUCCAAACAGGAGUUGAAGCUGGUGAUGAGCAACUGAAUGAGAACAAGGGAGAAAAAUGCAACAAUUUGUCUGAAGGAGCCCUGUGUCAAGCAUCAAAAGAGACCGUUCACAUUCCAGGUGGAUCAAAAUGGCAGGUGGAACACCAAGCCAAGACCGAGAGGAAUGCCUGUGUUGUUUCUCGGGAAGUAGAGUAUCUUGAAGCCCCUGUCAAACAAGAAACCCAAUCAGAAAGGAGAAGGAACAUGUCCCACGAUGUUUGGUGGAGGAUCAACAUGGAGGAGAAACACAAUAAAAGCAUGAAGUUUGGGAAGAGCUUCAACCCGAGCAGAAAUGCUACAAAGCUCCAGAGACUGCACAGAGGGGAGAUGCCAUAUAAGUGCUUGGAGUGUGGAAAGAGCUUCAACUAUAGGGGAAGCCUCACUUCCCAUCAGAGAAUCCACAAAGGAGAGAAACUUUACACUUGCUCAGACUGUAACAAGACCUUUUUCCGUAAAUCCAUCCUGAACUUACACUUGCGAAUGCACGCGGGGCAGAAGCCGUACAGCUGCUCCGACUGUGGCCUGACCCUGAGCGCUCAGUCAAGCCUUGUUAGACAUCAGAGAAUCCACACCAGGGAGAAACCCUAUCACUGCUCAGAGUGUAGGAAGAGCUUCAGCCAGAGUUCAGACCUCAUUAGGCACCAGAGAAUCCACACUGGGGAUAAGCCGUACAAAUGCUUUGAAUGUGGGAAGAGCUUCAGUCGGAGCACAGGCCUUACUUCGCAUCAGAGAAUCCACACGGGUGAGAGGCCAUACCAAUGCUUGGACUGUGGCAAAGGCUUUUACCAAAAAUCAAAUCUUACUCAGCAUAAGAGGAUUCAUGGGGGAGAAGCAGUGUAAAAUACCCAAAUGUCCAAUUUCCUAUCAAAGAAUCUGCACACAGCAGAAGUCAUGUGUAAAUACUUGGUGUAUGAGAAAGGACUUCUCUAAGACCACAUCACAUGGGAGAAAUUCUAGAGCUGAACUGUUUUCCAGACCCAGAACAAUCAUGGCUGCUUUUUCUAUUUUUAUUUAAUUGGAUUAGAAACGUACAACCCUGUCCCCUAAUCAGAUAAAAUACAAAAGUACCGGUAAAAUUCUUGCAAUGGAUGACAUAUUUGAUGACAAAUAUAUCGUGUGUUCAAGGUUUUCAGAUCUUUUUUAAAAAGAACAAUUACAGACUGUCAAGGGACUGACUGGCCAAAUGACCAUGUGGAUUUCUACCAAUUUUGCUUUCUCGUACUUCUUUGAAACAUACCGUUCUGUCAUAAAGGGAAGGAAAGCAGUGUUAACCAAUCUGUGCAGUGGUUUCAUUACAUAUUAUUACAGAACAUGAAACCACAACACCACUUGGGUCACAGCAAAAACAUUUGGGGUAAAUCUGGCAUGUAUUUUGAGUUGUGGGGGAUAGAUUGGUAGAUAGACACCUUUGCAAGCAUUGGAUCAUUACUGACCCAUGGGGUGACUUCACAUGGCAAUGUUUAUUAGACAGACUGUAUUUAUAGGGUGCCUUCCCCAGUUGUUUACAUUAUACCUACAACAAGCUGGGUACUCAUUUUACCAACCUUGAAAGGAUGGAAGGCUGAGUCAACCUUGAGCUGGCUACCUGAAACCGACUUUCAUCAGGAUCAAACUCAGGUUGUGAGCAGAGCUUUGACUACAGAACUGCAGCUUACCACCCUGUGCCAAGGGGCAUGGCACACGACAGAAAUUUAUAAAAUUAUGCACAGUGUGGAGACGAGGAGAAAGAGAACAUUCCCUUCUCUUCUCCAAACACCAGAACUUGGGGGGCAUCUGCUGAAUCUGAUGGUUCAGGAUAAGCAAAAACAAAAAAGUGUAUUCUUGAUUAUGUAAUUGCGACCUAAUUAUCCUGCUACAGGAUCUAUUGAUGGUUUUAAGAAGGGUUCAGUCAAAUUUGUGGAAGAGAUCCACCAGUGGCUGGUGCUAAUUAUGAUGCCUAAAGGGAACUUUUGUGAAGAGCCUCUGAAUUUUGCUUUCUGAUAGGUAACAGUAGGAUUUGCUCAUAGGAACAUUUGGGAGGGUGGGACGGGAAUCACAGUGGAACAAGUCCAGACAAGAGCGACCAAAGCUGAUAUUGUUUGUGCAUCCAUUGUUUAAGACGUCCAACUGAGACACAAUUUUUAAAAAAUAGUUUUUCAUGUGUAUGUAGUUUUGUUUUGGGAGUAAACAUGUUAUACUCAUUACAUGCAUUUUCACAAAAA